UGAUUCAAAACAGGUCAUUCGGACGGUCGACAUUUUGUUAGCUUCUUAGCAAAAUAAACUGCCGAGGGGAAUCUCGGGGCAACUUCGUUGUCCUUAAAGUUGCUCUCAGUCGCCUGACAGUUAAACUUUGUAAUCAUGUGGUAUGAGAUUCUGCCCGGCCUCGGCAUCAUGACCGCGUGUCUGAUCAUUCCCGGCGUUGCCACCGCGUAUAUCCACAGGUUCACUAACGGAGGAAAGGAGAAAAGAAUCGCUCGGGUUCCGUGGCAGUGGUAUCUGAUGGAGAGAGACAAGCGAGUUUCAGGAACAAAACAGUACUUUGACUCCAAGGGACUUGAGAACAUCAACUGAUGACCUGGAAAAUGAAGACCUGGAUGAGAGAAAAGUUCUUUGUUGUACAUUAAAAGAUUAUUUAACAUUCA